GCUCACUGCAGUGGUUCAGGCUUCAGCAGCCUUGGAGAAGCAUCAGCUGAGAGAAGCUAUCACAUGGGAGCCGGGAGCUGCUCAGCAAAGAUGUCUUUUUGAGAAACUGGAAUCUGGAAGAGUGGCAGAGUUAGUAAUGCCCAGAGCUGGGACCAGAAGCCAAACUUGCGCUACUUCUACUCCUCAUCCAAAGAAUACCAGAAAUUGGAAACAUCACAUAGGCAACCUUAAAGCUGGGGCACUGUCCCAGAGCUCAGCAAGACCCUGCGAAAGGGAGACAGAAUUUAUAAUCCCUGAAUCACAGCUCUUGAAAGAGGAGAAGGAUAUGGAGACUGGAGGAAAGAAAGUGGAAAAGGAGGAGCCAGAAGCCACUCACAAGGUGGAGUACUGCUGAGCAGGCAGGGCUCCACUGCUGUCAUGUCUCCUGCUUCUUCCCAGUCACCAAGGCUGACCCUGGCGCCACCUCCUGCCAGAAAGUGCUUAAGAUCUCUGAGCCCAUGGCUGUCUAGCCUGGUGCUCUGCCCAUAGAGGAGCCCAGUCUUCAAGGGUGGUGAUAAGAGCCUGUCCAAAAGACUCCAGUGAAGUUCCCCCACGAAUUGGGAAGCGUGGGCCUGGGCUCGCCAUCCUAGGGUUGUGGACUAGGAUGGGGGAUGGGCCCGUGACAGGAGGUGCCCUGGGUGUCCUCUUUCAGCCCCAUGGAGUCUUCACCCAUCCCCCAGUCAUCAGGGAACUCUUCCAUUUUGGGGAGGGGUCCUCAAACUCCAGAUCCCUCCACAGCCAGUGGGGUCCCAGAGGUGGGCCUGCGGGACAUAGCCUCAGAAUCUGUGGCCCUGUUCUUCAUGCUCCUGCUGGAUUUGACUGCUGUGGCUGGCAAUGCUGCUGUGAUGGCCGUUAUUGCCAAGACUCCCGCCCUCCGAAAAUUUGUCUUUGUCUUCCACCUCUGCCUGGUGGACCUGCUGGCUGCCCUGACCCUCAUGCCCCUGGCCAUGCUCUCCAGCUCUGCCCUCUUUGACCAUGCCCUCUUUGGAGAGGUGGCCUGCCGCCUCUACUUGUUCCUGAGUGUGUGCUUUGUCAGCCUGGCCAUCCUAUCUGUGUCAGCCAUCAAUGUGGAGCGCUACUAUUACGUGGUUCACCCCAUGCGCUAUGAGGUGCGCAUGACGUUGGGGCUAGUAGCCUCUGUGCUGGUGGGUGUGUGGGUGAAGGCCCUGGCCAUGGCUUCUGUGCCAGUGUUGGGAAGGAUCUCCUGGGAAGAAGGAGCUCCCAGUGUACCCCCAGGCUGUUCACUCCAAUGGAGCCAUAGUGCCUACUGCCAGCUUUUUGUGGUGGUCUUUGCCGUCGUUUACUUUUUGUUGCCCUUGCUCCUUAUCCUUGUGGUCUACUGCAGCAUGUUCCGAGUGGCUCGUGUUGCUGCCAUGCAGCACGGGCCACUGCCCACAUGGAUGGAGACACCCCGACAGCGCUCUGAGUCUCUCAGCAGCCGAUCCACUAUGGUCACCAGCUCUGGGGCCCCACAGACCACUCCACACCGGACGUUUGGAGGAGGGAAGGCGGCAGUGGUCCUCUUGGCUGUGGGGGGACAGUUCCUGCUCUGUUGGCUGCCCUACUUCUCUUUCCAUCUCUACGUUGCCCUGAGUGCUCAGCCCAUUUCAACUGGGCAGGUGGAGAGUGUGGUGACCUGGAUUGGCUACUUUUGCUUCACUUCCAACCCUUUCUUCUAUGGAUGCCUCAACCGGCAGAUCCGGGGGGAACUCAGCAAGCAGUUUGUCUGUUUCUUCAAGUCUGCUCCAGAGGAGGAGCUGAGACUGCCUAGCAGAGAAGGCUCCAUUGAGGAGAACUUCCUGCAGUUCCUUCAGGGGACCGGCUGUCCUGCCGAGAACUGGGUUUCCAGGCCUCCACCCAGCCCUAAGCAGGAGCCACCUGCUGUUGACUUUCGAAUCCCAGGCCAGAUAGCUGAGGAGACCUCCGAAUUCCUGGAGCAGCAACUCACCAGUGACAUCAUCAUGUCGGACAGCUACCUCCGUCCUGCCCCCUUGCCCCGACUGGAGUCAUGAUGGGCUGUUGGACACUUGGAGGGAGAUGGGUUUGAGGGCCAGUUAUCAUCGCAAGGAGCACCUUGUGGGACCACUUUUUCCAGAUGCCUGGGUCUGAGUCUGGGGUCUCCACACACAGCUUUUGCUUAGCAUUGCCUGGGUCAGGACCAGAGCCAACAGGAUGGACAUGUGGCAAAAGCUUUAGACUUGGCUGAUCUUUAAUUACUGGGGGAGGGAACCUGGGUAUGACGAGACGAUGACGAGAGAAAAGGGUCACAAAGGUGAGGUGAACCCUAUCAGUCUGUGAAAUUUCCAUGCCUCCCUCAGGAAAUAAGGAAAUUCUCUAAGGGUAGGAGUUGGAGGAUUAGGGCAGCGGGCCAGGUUUGGAAUUAUUUCUGGGGACCACUGAGGACAUUUUGUUGUUCAGUAUAAUUGUCCAGGGCAAUAAUUGCACCCAAGCAAGGUAAGAAAAUGGCCUGUGUCUUCCUGUUUCCAUACUAGUUUUAAAAAGAAUGAAAUUGCAGUCAGGUGUUUCUCUAUGAGUUAAUAGAUUUUUUUCUAAUUUUAUACCUGAAAUAUCCUUAAAUGGAGAGGACCAGCAGGAUAUACUUUUCCUAGGUUUGGCCAGAAGCAAGGGGAACUAGUAAUUAGGGUACCUGUAAUAGAAGACAGGAAAGGUGACUGCAAUUCUCUGUCACACACAAUCUUCAGGAAAAGCCCUUCUAUUGUUCCCUUUUUUGCACAUAGCAAAUCAAGUGUGAAGCUUAUCUCAGCAGAGACAAGAAAGCAUGGCCCUUUCUCCCUGUCUUUUAGGAUGAAUAACUAGAACAGUUGAGGGUUGGAUAGCUGAGGGUGAGGGUUAGCAUUUGAAUUGGUAAGGUGGCUUUAUACAAACAGACCACGUAAAUCACUCUGAUCAAUAAUCCUAAAAAUCUUUUUCUUCCAGGACUGGCCUCCUUGAUCUCUCUCCUCAUGGCAGUGACCCAUCUCGAGCCCCCUGGACAAUCGGGUACAAGAGGCCAAGGUUGGGCAUGGGAAGGGUGGGGUUUCCAUGGUCCAUUAAAUUCCUCCCUGCUCCCAUUCAUCGCUCUCAAAAUUAAGCUUCAGUGACAAAGACUUAAAUCUCUCUCUUAUCUGUAGCCCUGGGUUGGAGAGAGGACACAGGAGUUGGGUUCAGCUGUUUACUGAUUGAGACUGUAGGAACUGUGUUGACUGGUAUUGAUAGUGGUAUUUCCUUUUUCUUUCUUUUUCCUUUUUUUUUGAGACAGGGUCUCACUGUAUAGUUCAGGCUGGUCUCAAACUUGUGAUGAUCCUCCUGCCUCAGCCUCUCGAGGGCUGGGAUUACAGGCAUGCACCAACAUGUCCAGCUGGUAGUGGUAUUUUCAUUGGAGAGGGAAUAAUUACAAACUGGACAGGGCACCUUUGUGGGACCACCUGUCCAUUUCACUUCCCUCUGUUGAAUCAGAUAACACAAAAGGGCCGCGGCAGGGCCAGAGGAUGGUAUGGUCUAUAUUUGAACAAAUUAUUGGUUCAUUGAGCAUCUCAGGAAGAAAACUGGCUGGUGGGAGUGGGAUAGUUUCCCCUUUGAAUAGCCAAUACAUAAUUUUUAUGAUAAAGUUAUACUGAUAUCAACAUUGACUCCUUCAGUUCAAUUCAGUGCAUAAUAGCUGAAUAUCCACUAUUCCCUGGCACCCACACAGAGGAUGUGUGGUUACUUCCUUCAAGGAGUUCAUAGCCUAAUUUGAUCAGAUACUUAGUAUUUUUAUAGAGCAUUUAGAUCUGAUAAAGCACUAUAUAAUGUGCUUACAAAAUAUAUUGGAGAAUAUAUAUCCAUGGUUCUAGCUUUUGAGAGUUUAUCUCAGUGAUGCAUAGAGGCUUCCUGAAGAUUGUGGCAAGUAUAAGGGAUUAUAAGUGAAACUUAUUAAAUGAAACUGGGCAAACAGUCUUUUCCUUUUUGAACUGGAAACAUUUCCAAGUUUCUGUCUUCCUGCUACUAAGCUAUUUUUCUAGUUUAGCGCCUAUUACACUGAAGAAAUUCCUUAGAACAUAUAAACAGCAAGGAAAGUCUUUUGUGAUUAAAAAAAAAACAACACCUCUCUUUUAAGAUAAACUCAUACCUAAGAAUUUCAGUAGAUAGGGGAGACACUUCUUUCAAACACUUCUAAUCAGCUAGUAGACCUAUGGCAUUGCCAGCAGAUGGCAGUGUAACUCCACUGGAAAUAGAAAGGUGUGGUUAUGUGGGAGAAAAAGGGAGGGCAUCAAACAUUGCUUGGCAGCCAUUUUGUUAAUUCAUUUUGCCUUUUUUUUGUUUUUUACAUUGCCUUUCAACUUCCUUCACAUACAUCAAAGAAGAAAAUGUUUUAAGUGUAAGGAUAGCUCUAAUUCAGGCUGAGCUUACCUGACACUGUGUCUCAGUGGCAUUUACUAGAGUUUGACAUAUAUGGGUUUCUUUGGCCAUUUAUUUUUCCCCGUAGGAAUGGAUCAGGAAGGAAAUAAGUUUCUCGAUUUUAUGAGAACUUUCCCCAAAAUUUCUACGAGCACUUUACAGAGUUUUCAAGUAAUCAGGAUGGCUUGAUAAAGUUCAGCAUAUAAACCUUAGCUCUGAAAAAUAUACCUGAAUAAAAUCUGAUCUCCCUAAUAUACUGAAGAAUCAACAGGUGGAGGCAACCAUACCGCCAGUUACUUUUUUCCUGCAUCCUGGUAGUACUGGGGUGGUUUGCCAGCCCAGAUGAAAACCAUAGAUUUUCUGUUGUCAGGUGCCCUAGUCAAUAUCUUUUAGGAGGCAUGGUAAAAAAACAAAAGCGGGUGUGUGUGUGUGUGUGCAUUUGUAGGCAAGACUGGUCUACCUACUCACUGUGUGAACUUGGGAAAGCUGCUUAACUUCUCUGAGCCUAUUUCCUCAUCUGUAAAAAUGGGGAUCAUUAUUACCUACCUCACAGGGUUGUUGUGAGGAUUAAGAGAUGAGACUUGGAAGCACCUAGCUAUAUUUGGCAAAUAGGUACUCAAUAAAUACUGGUUUUUCUUCCCUUUGCUCUUGCCCUUUUUCCCCCACAUGUACCGAUAGUGGACAUGCAGUCCCCUUUCUGUUAGUC